CUGAAUGGUGGAGUCAUGUGUCAGUUGUGCAGGGUGGUCCUCGGAGAAGAGGUGCGUCCAGAUGCCAGAGAGGCACAGCUGUGGAGCGCGCGCAGGACGGGGAUAUAAGAGUCACGCGCUCCGGAGGAACUCUACAGGACUCGCGACGAGCGCGUUCACAGCUGGUCGAUGUGAUGCAGGGCAUCUGAAGAGCAGCAUGAUCUCUCCUGUCAACAGGUGAGAAGAUCCUGCUCAGAGAGGAAUCAGAUCUGCGGGAUUCUACAGCCGGGGACUAUAUGAGGACUAGACUGAACUGAGUCGGGCUCCUGAGGGCCGCAGCGGAUCAUGAGCUGGGGCCACACUCUGCUCCAACACUUCUCCAUUCAGCAUCUGCUCUCACUUCUGUGGUGAUAUGAGGAGGAGGAUGGCCUCGGAGGUGGUGUGUGGACUCAUCUUCAGACUGCUCCUGCCAGUGUGUCUGGCCGCAGCAUGUUUGUUCCGCUACAACUGGCUGUCCUUCGUCUACCUCAUCUUCCUCUUACUCAUCCCUCUCUUCGCCGAGCCGACAAAGACAACAAUGCAAGGGCACACAGGGCGCUUGCUGAAAUCCCUGUGCUUCACCAGUGUGACGUUCCUGCUGCUGCACAUCAUCUACCAAAUCACAAUCAACAGUCUGUUAGCAGGAGACAACAUCCAGCCCGACUUCAACUGUUCAUCGUGGGAGAGAUCAAUACGACAGCUGGGCUUUGAGAGUGUCCGAGGUGCAGACGCCGGGAAUGGCAUCCGAGUGUUCAUCCCGGACAUCGGCAUGUUUGUGGUGGGUCUGGUGACGUGGCUCCUGUGUCGCAGUCUGGAGAAUGUGUCUCAGCUCGACAGCGACUUCGAGGAAGACAAUCAGGAAAAGGAGGACGAGGACGAAAACAAGAAAAGUGAGAAACUGGAGCUUGAGGAUGAUCUGCUGUUCGAAGACUUCGAGCUGGGCGAUGAAGACUGUGAGCUUCCAGUGGAGGAGGAAGUGGACGAAGAGGACGGAGAACUUGAGGAGGCCAACGUCGAAGAAAGUACCAAAAUGAAGAUCCUGCGGCAAAUAGCAGACGUGGCGUCCAAACUCAAAGAAAUCAUUGGCAAUCUGAUUACCACGGCAGGAAAAGUAGUCGUAACCAUAUUAUUGGGGCUCACAGGGAUGAUGCUGCCGUCUCUGACCUCCACGGUGUACUUCUUCACCUUCCUGGGGCUGUGCACCUGGUGGUCUUUCUGCCGCAGGUUCGACCCGCUCCUCUUCAGCUGUCUGUGUGUCCUGAUGGCCAUCUUCAGCGCCGGACACCUCAUCGUGCUCUAUCUCUACCAGUUCCAGUUCUUCCAGGACGCCGUUCCUCCUGGAAACAGUUACGCCAGUCUGUUUGGCAUCUCUCCCGUGGUUCAGACGGACUGCUCUCACACCUGGAUGUUCAGAGUCAACCCUGACCUGGAGUGGCAUCACUUUGUCAAUCCCAUCAUGCUCUUGGUGCUGUAUUACACUCUGGCCACGCUCAUCCGCCUCUGGCUGCAGGAGUCAGGAGACACGCAGGUCCAAGAGAAGCAGGGAGCGACGGAGGGCCGAGAGGAACCAGAAUCUCCUGUCGUUUACAGCGCAGAGAAGAAGAGGCAGCUGUGGCGAAUGGCUCAUUAUCGCACAGAUGAGAGACAUCUGCUGACCACACGAGACGGCCGCAGCACCCCCGAGGUGUUGAUCGUGACGUCGAACGGAGCCUCGCUGGACUUCAACGGCCCGAGGUCUGUGGAGCUCUACUCAACGCCUCAUUACAGAGCGGACCGAGCCCAGUCUGGAGACCAGAAAGUGGACUGCGGUGUUUACGAGAUUGACUCGGUGUAUGUCGAGCUUCCCGAGGUUCAGUCGUUCGGUGUUGUUCGUGUGAACGCGGCGGUCAAGGCCUUCAGGUUCAUCAUGAAGCAGAGCUACAUCUGUGCUCUCAUCGCCAUGAUGGCUUGGAGCAUCACGUACGUGAGCUGGCUGACCUUCGUCUUCCUCAUCUGGUCCUGUGUUCUGUGGAUGGUGAGGGACCGGAGGAAAUACUCCAUGAUCACCUCUCCGUUCAUGGUGUUUUACGGGAACCUGCUCAUCGUCCUGCAGUACAUCUGGAGCUUCGAGUCGCUGCAGCCGGUUCCUGGACUCUUCCUGAAGAAAGAAGUGCCUUUCCGGGAACUGGGAUCGAAAACCUUGUGCCUCCUCAGUUUCUGGCUGCUGGUGAGGCAGUUUCUGACGGAGAGGAGAGAGAGACAGACGGAUGAAACACAGCUGUCUGACGUCAAAGUCGAGGAACACAAAAUCGAGGGUCUGCAGGACGAGGCCGGUGGACACAGAGAGAUGAUGGAUGUUUUGGGCCGUACAGUCAUGGCUAUGCUCAACAAAUACUGGAUCUACAUCUGUGGAGGAAUGUUCUUCUUCGUCAGCUUUGAGGGACGCAUCGUCAUGUACAAGAUCAUUUACAUGAUGAUGUUUCUCUUUUGCGUGGCACUUUAUCAGCUGCACUAUGAGAAGUGGCGCUGGAUGCUGAAGUAUUUCUGGAUGUCAGUGGUGGUUUACACCAUGCUGGUGCUCAUCCUGGUCUACACCUUCCAGUUUGACUCCUCCAUAAACGUCUGGUCCAACAUGACAGGCAUGAGCAGAGAGAAGCUGGAAGAUCUGGGUCUGGAGAAGUUCUCUGUUCCUGCUCUGUUCACGCGGAUCUUCAUUCCCACCUCGUUCCUGCUGGUCUGCAUCCUGCAUCUGCACUACUUCCACGAGCGCUUCCUGGAGCUCACCGACAUCAAAUCUGUGGCAGACAAACAGAAGAGCACUAUCUCCAGGCUCGUUCAUCUGGAUGGCAGUCUGGUGGACAUUUCCAUGGUCAAACCUUCGUUCGACUCCAUAAACGAGGAGGAGCCUGAGGAGAGAGUAGAUCUGGAGGAGGAGGAGGAGGAUGACGAGGAAGAGGAGAUGUCUGAGCCACACUUCAGCUGCUCGGAGACAGCAGAUCCGGAGCAGGCCCAGGGUUCAGAGCUGAAGAGUAAGUGGCAUCUGGUGCUGGAGCGUCUGACCGUGCUGUUCCUCAAGCUCCUGGAGUGUGUUCAGAAGCUGCAGCUCUUCAUCUGGUGGCUGCUGGAGCUCCACAUCAUCAAGAUCGUCUCGUCCUACAUCAUCUGGGUCUCAGUCAGAGAGGUGUCUCUGUUUAACUAUGUGUUCCUGGUGAGCUGGGCCUUCGCUCUGCCCUUCAGUCAGUUCAGACCUCUGGCCUCCAGCGUCUGCACCGUCUGGACCUGCGUCAUCAUCGUCUGUAAGAUGCUGUACCAGCUGACCUCCAUCAACCCGUCCUCGUACUCCAGGAACUGCAGUAUGGUGAGUCCUCACACACUCAGACGGGACGCACACACACACACACACGCUCAGGUCUCAGUCUGUUCUUCUCUCCUCCAGCCGGAGAACUACACAGAUGCUCAGCGCUCAGACAUGGCCAGAUCUCUGCUCUACAGCGGCCCGGUGGAUCCGGCGAACUGGAUCGGCCUCAGGAAGUUCUCUCCGCUGCUGGAGAAUCUGAGGAAUAACCUACUGAUGCUGGCUCUCUUGGCGUUUGAAGUGACCAUAUACCGUCACCAGGAUUUCUACCGGAUGAAAAACAACCUCACUCCUCCGGUCACAAGAACCAUCUUUCACAACAUCACACGUCAACAUCUGGACGACGGCAUCCUCAACUGCGCCAAAUAUUUCAUCAACUACUUCUUUUACAAAUUUGGUCUUGAGACCUGUUUUCUGUUAGCGGUGAAUGUGAUCGGCCAGCGGAUGGAUUUCUAUGCCAUGCUGCAUGCGUUCGGUCUGAUAGCGGUGAUGUAUCAGCGGAGGAGAAAAGCCAUCUCCUGCGUCUGGUCCAAGUAUUGCUGCUUCCUGGCCUGCAUGUUAGCCUUCCAGUACCUGAUGUGCAUCGGCAUCCCGCCUGCGGCCUGUACAGACUAUCCGUGGAGACGGCCGUCUUCCAACAUGGACUCAAACGUCAUCAAGUGGCUUUACUUCCCCGACUUCCACACCAAACCCAACUCCCUCUUCCUCCUCUAUGACUUCAUGCUGCUGCUGUGUGCGUCGAUUCAGGGGCGUGUGUUUGAGGAGGAGAGCGUGACGGCCGUGCAGCUGCUGGCGGGUGAUAAUGUGGAGAUCUGUCGAGACCUGGACGCCGCCAGCUUCAGCCAGCACAACCCUGUGCCCGACUUCAUACACUGCAGGUCAUAUCUGGAUAUGCUGAAGGUGAUCAUGUUCAGCUACAUGUUCUGGUUCGUCCUCACCAUCAUCUUCAUCACGGGCACCACACGCAUCAGCAUCUUCUGUAUGGGAUACCUGGUCGCCUGCUUCUACUUCUUGAUCUUUGGGGGCGAGCUGUUACUGAAGCCAAUCAAAAGCAUCCUUCAUUACUGGGACUUCCUCAUAGCAUACAACGUCUUCGUAAUCACCAUGAAAAACAUUCUCUCGAUCGCGGCGUGUGGAUAUAUUAAAGCGCUGGUGGCCAAUCACUGCUGGCUGAUCCAGUUAUUCAGUCUGGCCUGCACUAUUCAAGGAUAUUCAAAGCCGGAGCAGAACGCAAAUAAACAGUGUGAGCUGCCGAGUGACGAGGCCGGGAUCAUCUGGGACAGCAUCUGCUUCGCCUUCCUGCUGCUGCAGAGGAGGGUCUUCAUGAGCUACUACUUCCUGCACGUCGUAGCUGACAUCCGUUCCUCUCAGCUCCUCGCCUCCAGAGGAGCGGAGUUGUUUCAAGCGACCAUUGUGAAGGUGGUUAAAGCCAGAAUAGAAGAAGAGAAGAAGUCCAUGGAUCUGCUGAAGAGACAGAUGGACCGCAUCAAGAGCCGACAGCAGAAGUUUAAGAGAGGUAAAGAGAGGAUGCUGUCUCUGGUGCAGGAGAGUGGCGAGAGUCACUCACUAGUCCAGGAGGAAGAGGACGAUGAUGAAGGAGAGAACAGCAAGGAGAAGAAGAAAGACAGAAGAAAGCAGUGGUGGAAGCCUUGGGUUGACCAUGCGUCCAUGGUCCGAAGUGGCAAUUAUUACUUAUUCGAGACAGAUAGUGAGGAAGAGGAGGAAGACGAGGACAAAAACGAUCAGGAACCUCCCAAAAGAUCAGCGUUCCAGUUUGUGUAUCAUGCCUGGAUAACUGACUCGAAAACUGCCAUGAAAGAGCAAAGUAAGGAAAGACGGCGAUUCUGGCAAAGGUACACGGAGGGCAGAGCAAGCAAGAAGAACCAAAAGGAAGUGCAUGUGGCCAUUGAGGAAGAAGAUCAGGAUGAAGCUGUUACAGAGGAGGAGGUAUCAGAAGGACCAGAUAACAUCCUGAAGCGAGUGUUCAACAUUGUGAAGUUCUCCUGGGUGCUCUUCCUGGCCCUGCUGGACAGUUUCACCGCCUGGCUCAACUCCAUCUGCCAGGAACACAUCGAUAUCUCCACCGUCCUGCGCAUUGAACGCUGCAUGCUCACUCAUGAGGUCAAAAAGGGGAACAUUCCAUCGCGGGACAGCAUCCACACGUACUACCAGAGACAGAUGUGCAGGCCAGCGUCCACCCAGUCCAGCCUGGACCGGACUGAGGACAUGUACUCGGACUUCAGCCCCCUGCGGAGCCAGGCUUACGAGUCCGAUCUCUCCAGAGAAAACCUGUCCAGUGUGUACACAGAAUCCACUGUGCCGUUCGAGUCUGAGGAAACCAGUGAGCGCGUUCUCAAAACCAGCCAGCGAUCUCGACCCAGACUCUGCCGUCUGUCCGGUGUAGACCUGCAGUCGUCGUCUGCAGACAGUGCAGCCAGUGACCACACACAGUGCACUGAGCUGUACUCACGACAGGGCACCAGUGACACCGUCGAGGAGGCUGUGAGAGAGCAUACACACACACUGUGGACGCAGGGCGCAGCGGACAUCCCUCCGUCCUACAGUAAAGCCACGGGCCUGGACUCAGUGUGUGACGCAGAGGGAAGGAGGCUGAGGAUCCAAACACCGGAUGAGAAGAGCGCUGAUGUUCUGCUCUCAAAGAGCCAGCAGCUGACGGCCAGUGAACUGCUGCGGAGCAGGAUGUUCUAUGACGAGGAGCUGGAGGCGUCGGAGCUCUUCUAUCGCUCUCAGCCACAGUUCCUCCAGCUCUGCUACGCUCUCUACAACAUGCUGGUGGCUCACUCUGAGAUGGUGUGUUAUCUGGUCAUCAUCCUCAACCACAUGAUCUCUGCAUCGGUGGCCACGCUGGUGCUGCCCAUCCUCAUCUUCCUCUGGGCCAUGCUGUCUGUUCCCCGGCCCAGCAAACGCUUCUGGAUGACCGCCAUCGUCUACACAGAGGUCACCAUAGUCAUCAAGUACUUCUUCCAGUUUGGCUUCUUUCCGUUUAACCAGACCAUAGGGAUGGAAAAAUCCAAACCCUUCCACCCGCCCAACAUCAUCGGUGUGGAGAAGAAAGAGGGCUACGUCCACUACGACCUGAUCCAGCUGCUGGCGCUCUUCUUCCACCGCUCCAUCCUGAAGUGCUACGGUCUGUGGGAUGAAGAUGAGCCCAGGUCAGGAGGUCAGACGGAGGUCUCUCAGCGCUCUGAUUCAGACAGUGAAGAGAAAGAGGCCUCACCGGUCUCCAGAAAACCUUUCCACAGCAAGACCCCGGUGCCACGGCAGACCUCCAGCGUCUCGCAGCGCUCGGCCCGCUCCAGAGCAGGCCGCAGCGGCUCCGGGACGAGUCUGCGUUCACUGAGCGCUCAUCAGAAGAGCCGCAAGCAGCUGGUUUUGGACAAGCUCAGAGAACAGCUGAUCAAAGCAAAGCGCUUCACCGUCAAGACGAUCCUGGACAUCUAUCUUCCCAUCCGGCAGUUCUUCUAUAACCUGAUCCACCCGGAGUACAGCGCCGUGACCGACGUCUACGUGCUCAUGUUUCUGGCCGACACCGUCGACUUCAUCAUCAUCGUCUUCGGAUUUUGGGCUUUCGGGAAGCACUCUGCCGCGGCUGACAUCACUUCCUCUCUGUCGGAGGACCAGGUUCCCGAGGCCUUCCUGGUGAUGGUGCUGAUCCAGUUUGGGACGAUGGUGGUGGACCGUGCGCUGUACCUGAGGAAGACCGUGAUGGGGAAGGUCAUCUUCCAGGUCAUCCUGGUCUUCGGCAUUCACUUCUGGAUGUUCUUCAUCCUCCCAGGAGUCACCGAGAGGCGUUUCAGUCAGAACAAAGUCGCCCAGCUCUGGUACUUCGUGAAGUGCAUCUACUUCGGUCUGUCGGCGUAUCAGAUCCGCUGCGGUUACCCCACACGCGUGCUGGGCAACUUCCUGACCAAGAGCUACAACUACCUCAAUCUCUUCCUCUUCCAAGGGUUUCGGUUGGUGCCGUUUCUGACGGAGCUGCGGGCGGUGAUGGACUGGGUCUGGACCGACACCACGCUCAGUCUGUCCAGCUGGAUCUGUGUGGAGGACAUCUACGCUCACAUCUUCGUGCUCAAGUGCUGGAGGGAGUCGGAGAAAAGGUAUCCCCAGCCUCGAGGACAGAAGAAGAAGAAGGUGGUGAAGUACGGGAUGGGGGGGAUGAUCGUGAUGCUGCUCAUCUGCAUCGUCUGGUUUCCUCUGCUCUUCAUGUCUCUGGUCAAGUCUGUGGCUGGAGUGGUCAACAAACCGCUGGACGUGUCUGUCACCAUCACGCUGGGCGGCUUUCAGCCCAUCUUCACUAUGAGUGCGCAGCAGAAUCAGCUGAAGGACAUCACUGACAGAGAUUUCAUCAGCUUCAUGAAUUCAUACAGACACAAUUCUAGUGCACUGCAGUUCUUGGAGGCGUAUACGGCGGAGGACGUGACCGUGGCGGAGCUGGAAGGAAGCUCCAACUCUCUGUGGACCAUCAGCCCCCCGAGCAGGAAGAACCUGAUGGACGUCCUGAGCAAAGAGGACCAGUUUCCUGUCACCAUGUCCUGGAGCAUCCAGAGGAAUCUCAGUUUGGGAGCAAAGGCUGAGUUUGCAGUGGACAAACACAUCACAUAUCUGGACAUGAACACUAGACAGGAGCUGGUAGCGUUACUCAAUGGAACCAGAAAUAAACCUGUGGUCAUAGAGAAAGUGUUUCCCUGCUUUAUUCGAGCACCGAGUGACUCAAACGCCAAACCCGUGGAUCAGCUCUAUACAGAUGAGGGUUAUAAGAGCAUCCAGCUGGACUUGGAGAGGUCUCACACCGGCAGUGAGGACAUUCAGGAGUGGUGGAUCGUGGACCAGCCGUCCGCAGCGAAGAUCCAGAUGAGAUCCGAGUCCAAGCUGGAGAAGAAGAGAGGAGCAGGACUGCAGCUGUACGUCUUCAGUGAUAAAGUCAGUCCUCCCAGCCUGGGCUUCCUGGCAGGAUAUGGGAUCAUGGGCCUCUACGCAUCCGUGGUGCUGGUGAUCGGGAAGUUCGUCCGCGAGUUCUUCAGCGGCAUCUCGCACGCCAUCAUGUUCGAAGAGCUUCCGUGCGUCGACCGCAUCCUCAAACUCUGCACAGACAUCUUCCUGGUGCGGGAAACCGGCGAGCUGGAGCUGGAGGAGGACCUGUACGCCAAGCUCAUCUUCCUUUACCGCUCGCCGGAGACCAUGAUCAAGUGGACGAGGGAGAAGACCAAAUGAGCCUCCUGGGAUUGACUAAAAAACCCAACGAUCCCAAAGAAGGAUGCUGCUUCUCACAGGAGGGCUGUAUUAAAGACUGCGAGGUUCAGCUGCCUACUACGAGACCUACAGGUGAAACCGCUGUACCAAAGCGUCCUGACCGAGAGCCGAGGCUUUAAUGAGCUGUAGCGCCACCUGUCUGUCGGGAGAUUCGUUAAUCACGCGAUGUGCAAUAUACUGUCCUGGAAGCUGUCCGUAAACUUGAACAGAGAAAGGAGACGGUGACUGAAGACUAGCCACUUUUUUUAAUCUGAGAAAACUGGCCCCAGAAGUGCUUGGCUUCGUGAGACGACACAACAUUGAAAUACUGAUCUCUCCGAGCUCGAUUUAAGGCUUGAACGGAGGACUGAAGUAUACGCUCAUCAGGAUUUGUCGUGUGAUUGUGGACCAAUAUCACGAGCAUAACGCACAUUCUGGAAACCAAAUGUUGUCUUAUUUGUCUGUCUACCUGUUGCACUUUUUAGUUUUUGUUUAAACGUAUAUUUAAAUGACUAUUUUUUAUGCAUAAUUCUGCAGAAACUCAGACGUCACUGUAAAAGGCAUUCGAAAUCACAGAUUCUCUUUAUUCAAUGAUAUUCUGAAACCAAGCAAAUCUACAAAAUUUCCUUGCAAUUUCAAAAGCACACCUUCUCAUUAAAAAACGAAAACAAACUGCAACAAGAACUAAGGUUGUUUCACAUGUUCAUUUAAGGCAUUAGAUGCAUUUAUUUGCGGCAUCCUGCUUCAUUUUCUGACAAGGUUUCACAUGAAAAAGUUAAGAAUGAAUGGAAUAAGUUUAAAUAAUAUUAAAGCUACAAACACAAUGUACAGUAAAUAACUUCCCUUUUUUUUAAGGUAAGACAGGCACUGUUACUUGAUUCCAGCAUAGAGAAUAUUCCUAUGAUAGUGUAUAACUUAAAAUAAUGAGUUGUAUAGUAUUGAAAUACUGUACAUAUAAAGACUCCUGAUUCUCCCACAGAAGCUGUUCGUCAGGUUUGGGUUUAUGCAAGCUUGUAUCCUCCAUGCAAUAAAAGAUCAAUAAAAAUAAAGGUCACUGCAACUUUA